CACCGCCAUAAACGACUUUAUCACUCAUUUGCCGCCUCCGCCUUACCCUUCAACCGACUUCAUGAUCUAGUUCUGAUGUCGUGCGUUGCGUCCGACGUCAAAUGUGCGCGAAUCGCGCCUUCCCGUUAACUUAUGUUUGGUGCCGACAAGCAGAGGCCGCACUUAUACCUACUACAAUCCUAUUUUCUCUGAAGUUGGCAGUGUUUAUGCCCAACCCCGCACAUUAUGUAGACGAGAGACCAGACAGUGAUUGCCACUGGGCUCUCGGAAAGCUCCUCGAUAUGUUACGUCCAUUGCGGUCAUUGCUGAUGAGCAGUCGAAUGACCUUAAGGACGACUCCCAGUCUCUUGUCUGUGGAGGAUACAGGCUGAACCGUUUCCCCCUUCUUGGAAAACCUCCUGGUUGAAAAGCAGGGCUGACGUGUCCAGACAUCCAUGAUCAUGAAUAAUCAUGGUGUUCAGACGUUGU